CCCUUUCCGGCGUUCCAUACCCCGGCAGCGCCCGGCUGGAGUGCAGUGCUCAGCGGCGCCGGCACCGAGAAAUCAAGCCGGGGGGGUCCCAAAAACCCCGGAACGAACCGACACCGCGGGGGAGCGGGCGCGGGGGGGGACGCCGGCGGGGCGGACUGAGGGGGUGAGGGGCGCCUUCCGGGGCUCCCCGGCCUCCCCCAUGCCGCUGGGCCUGGGCAGGCGCAAGAAGGCCGCACCGCUGGUGGAGAACGAGGAGGCGGCGGGGGGCCGGGGGGGAACGGCGGGGGGGGACGGAGGAGUCGGGGGGAGAUCACGGGGGUGCGGCGGUGCCCCCCCCGCCGGCCCGCAGCCCCCCGGGUUGCCCCCGCCGCCCGCCGCGCUCCGGCCCCUGGUGUUUCACACGCAGUUGGCGCACGGCAGCCCCACGGGCCGCAUUGAGGGAUUCAGCAACGUGAGGGAGCUGUACGGGAAGAUCGCCGAGGCGUUCCGCAUCCCGCCCGGGGAGGUGAUGUUCUGCACGCUGAACACGCACAAGGUGGACAUGGAGAAGCUGCUGGGGGGGCAGAUCGGCCUGGAGGAUUUCAUCUUCGCUCACACCAAAGGGCAGCGCAAGGAGGUGGAGGUGCUCAAAUCCGAGGAGGCCCUGGGGCUGACCAUCCCCGACAACGGCGCCGGAUACGCCUUCAUCAAGCGGAUCAAGGGAGGGCAGCGUGAUCGCCGCGUGCCGCUGAUCGGCGUCGGGGACAUGAUUGAGGCCAUCAACGGGCGCAGCCUGGUGGGGAGCGCGGCACUACGACGUGGCGCGGGCACUGAAGAGCUGCCGCGAGGGAGAACCUUUGCCCUGCAGCUCACCGAGCCCAGAAGGCCUUUGGACAUGAUCAGCCAGCGCACGGCGGGGGGCCGGGGGGGGGGCACAGCGCUGGGCAGCGGUCGGGGCACCCUGAGGCUGCGCGCCCACGGCCCGGCCACCGUGGAGGAGCAGCCCAGCGCCUUCGAGGAGCGCGCCAUCGCCAAGGUGGACGAUCUGCUGGAGAGCUACAUGGGCAUCCGCGACACCGAGCUGGCUGCCACCAUGGUGGAGCUGGGCCGCGAUGCCCGUGACCCCGACGCUCUGGCGCAGGCCCAGGACUCACAGCUCGGGGACUUUGCCUUCCCUGAUGAGUUCGUCUUUGACGUCUUGGGGGCCAUCGGGGACGCCAAGGCCAGGGCGCUGCUAAGGGGGGGGCACCCCAAAACACUCAGAGCACCAGGAGCCACCAGCUGACCCCCAAAAUGCUGGAAGAGCCCCCCCCCCCCGAAUUUUGGGGUGCCCCCUCUUACAACACUAGCCCACCUUCCCCACCCCCCCCCAGCCAUGUAACACUGGGGGACCCCAUCGGACCACUGGAACCUCCCCCAUUUCCUGGGACCCCCCCCACACGUUCAUCCCUGGGACCAACACUCCACGCUGGGCCCCCCACCCUCAAUAACGCUCCCCCAGGGGCUUGAGGACCCCCCCCCCCCCAAAUAGGUUAGGGUACCCCAAAUCUCAGUAGGAACCCCCCCCUAUGCCCUCCCCCCAAACAGUUUGGGACCAUGGCAGUAGAUGCUGGCCCCACUCUCAAUAUAAAUUGCGAUUCCCUCCCCCCCCCCCAGUAACCUGGGACCCCCCCACGGGAUUUGUGUGCCCCAUCCUUCGCAGACCCCCUUCUGAGGAGCCCCACAUCCCCUGGGACCCCUCCCAACCCUCACCACUGAGCAAUCCUUGCCCCUUCCCCCCCCAGUUUGAGUGGGGGGGCCGUUCUUGAGCCCUGCCCCCGGCCCCCCCAGCGCUGCAGGGUGAGGAAUGAGGGUCCCCCCUUAACCCCCCCCCUCCCAGAGGCUUUACUUUGAAGGGGUGAGGGGGGGGUUGGGGGCAGGACCGGAGCCACCCUGUGCUUUCCCACCCCCCCCUCAUCUUACACCAAAUCCAUUCCGGUGCCAAUCUGAGCCUGUCACACACUGUU